AUGUCGUACCCUUCAAGAGAAUUGAACGAGGCCGCCCUGGAGCGCUUCAUCUACACUCCUGUAAGCACUGAUAUGAUCAACUAUCUUGCCCGCAAAGCAUCAGAAGUCAUCCAGUGUGAACGAAUUACCUCCCAUUCAUUACCUCCUUCCCCUCCUCAAACACCCCCGGAGGAUGGAUCAGAAUCACCGGCCCUUCCUUCCCUGGAACGCUUCAUUAGCAACUUGGUACGGAAAUCAAAUGUUCAGGUACCAACUCUCAUGACGACAUUGGUGUACCUCGAACGUUUAAAGCAAAAGCUUCCACCUGUUGCCAAGGGGUUAAGGUGUACAGUACACCGAAUCUUUCUCGCUGCCCUCAUCCUUUCCGCAAAAUUCCUCAAUGACUCCUCACCGAAGAACAAGCACUGGGCCGAGUAUACCAAAGUUCGAGGUUACGAGCAUUUUGGUUUCUCAAGGACCGAGGUCAACCUCAUGGAGAAGCAACUUCUCUUCCUUCUCGAUUGGGAUCUCAACAUCAGCGAAGACGACCUCUACGCUCACCUUGACCCCUUCCUGGAGCCAAUCCGUCAAGAGAUCGAGAGAAAGCAAGAGUACGCUCGCCAGAAGGAGGCGCGCAAGAUAGCUGCACGAGAACAGCAAUUGGCAGAGGAAGAGCAGCACAGGGUACAAUACGAGUCGGCGAGUCAAUACUGGCUACCAGGGUACCAAGAACACCAGAUUUACGAAGGCCAAUAUAUCGAUCCAACCGGCAUGGUGGUUGGCAGACCUCAAUCCUCAAACAUCCGCUACGACUCUCCUCCACCUUCCACCGAAGUCCCAGGUCUCGCACGCAGUGGUACAGCAGACACAUACUCGAUGGUCUCCUCCUCAGCUUCCUCAUACGUGGACUCGAUCUCGCGCGCUGGCACACCAAGCUCAAGCAUCGGUAGCUACAUGGAGAUGGAGCAAGACGGCCAGUACUGCCGCGGCGCCAACAACACCAGCCCCAAUGCUGUCAUUCGCGACAUCGUACAGAUCGAGAUGGAUCACCAGGUCUUGUACCCUCAACACAAGCGUGGUAUGCUACCUUACGAGAUUGAGCGUGAAGUCGUUGUCGAGGAGAAGCCGGCUAAGAAGCCAAGGCUUAUGAGCGGCAAUAUCUUCUCGCGUUUACUUGGAGGGCAGAGAGAACGCAACAGCUAUGCUUCAUGA